CGCCCAGCGACAUCCGCUUUCCUCCCCCGCGAGGCGAAGGUCUUCGUGGCAUCGAACGGAAGAUGAAGGCCCUCGUGCUCCUCGGGACCGUCUGCGCCUUCCUCAUUCCAAGCUCAUUGGGUCUGAACUGCUUGGCUUGCAUCGGAGUGGACUGCGAGAAGAACCCGCGAGAGCUGAAGCAGGAGAACUGCGAUCCCCUCAUCGUCGUCCCUGGCAAGGAAUACUAUUGCGGCACCGGCUUCUCCGACGACUCCAGAGAGGAGAUCGUGAAGAGGCAAUGCGUCCUAUACGAGACGGAGGCGGAAGGCUGCAUCUCACCCGGCCCCAUCUCCGGUGCAAAACUGACCUGCCUUUGCUCCGAGAACUACUGCAACGACUACGUCGUCCGGGCCGCUCCCACCACGAGCACGCGGGACUCCGACAGCAGCAGCACCUCCGCCGUGCGCGUUGCCUUCGUCCUUCUCGUCUCGGGCAUCCUGGCCGCGAUCGUCUCGGUUUGACGUCCAGUUGGAUGUGUUUGACGUCCAGUUGAGUUUGUUUGACGUCCAGUUGGGGGUGUUUGACGUCCUGUUAGGUGUGUUUGACGUCCAGUUGGGUGGGUCUGCCCGUUCCAACCGUUUGCGAACUGGAUCAAACGAACACUGCCAAGUAGUCUUCGGAAGCACAAUAAAUCUGAUUCAUUUGGAAGUGUGCUCUUGAUGGAACUGAAUGUUCUCCACCCUCAGGUGCAAACACCUCACCCUUCAUCCUCGCCCCUGUUAUUCCAUAGUCUCCUUUGAGAUGUUCAUUCUCAUCCAUCAAGGGUAACGCAACCCUUACCAAUUACCGUAUUGACAACAUACAAAGCUAUACAAUGCUUCCAUGACUGACAAUGGCAAACAUACAUAGAUACGAUUGCAAUAUCUAGGAACGUUCUACUUGACGAUUUGCGCGUGAAACCGGCAUAAUUUUAUCUUAAAGAAAAACAGUUGCACCAUAUUAUCGUACUUCCGUGAGGGUGAAUCUACCUCAUAGGGAAGGUCCGAAUUUUACGCGAGACUUUUGUUAAGUCAUCGCGCCUUAUGUCAUGAAUGCGCCCAUACCCGUAGGAUCUUAUCUCCUCUUAGUACUUUUAGUGCACGCGGCCGAUUUUUCGAACACGUCUACUGCUUCCAAGAAUGCUGCAGGCUGAUUUCUAUGCCGUAACAACAAGAACCCCAAAUUCACGGAGGAAGAAACCAAACGAAAAACCGCGACCGAAAAAGCGGCUUAUAGCUUUUUACUAGAAGUACAUGUGGCCAAAAAAAGCCCGCACGGCACUAACAGGGU